AUGGGUCUGUAGCCAGUCGCCAGAGGGGUUAGACCAGCCGUAUGUAUCUUACUGUGAUGAUCUUUGCAGAUGUUUAACGGAAGUGGCAAACAGCGGUAAUUUGGAUUUGGACUAGGAGUAUUCUUGAGUUGCUAUAAUGUCAGCUGGGAUGUCUGCUCUUAAGAAAGAAGAAAUACUGAAGAUUAUCUUAUUCCAAGAGGUGGACAGAGUUGUUACAGAGACGUCGAAGGAGAUUGGUGUAACAUGUUCAUCUGAGGUUGUGAAUGUAUUUGCCGAAAUGGCUUGGAAGAAAGCUCGUUCAAUUGCUGAAGAUUUGGAAUUGUUUGCAAAACAUGCCAAACGGAGUAUGGUAUCUUCAGAUGAUGUGAAGCUUGUUGUGCGGAGAAACCCUUCCUUGUUGCAGAGACGAUUGCCGUGCAUCCCCACCACCACCUUGUUGUUUGAAGUAUGCUGCCUUUUUGAAUACUUAAGGAUCUUAGCCUAUGACUGCCUCUUAUAUUUUGAAGGCCAGAAAAAAUCGUGUAUCAACAAUAACUGAAUUAGAAGAAAAGAUGGGUACAUCAAAGAAAAAGGUGCAACGAAAAGAAAGAAAGAAAAAUAAUCCAUCGGACACUUGAUCCACUAUAGCAAGGGAUUAUUUGAUGUGUUUGGAAGUGAAUUGUCAGAUGUAAUAGGGUAUAUAUUUUCAAUAACUUGACAGUAAAGAUAUUCUAAAAACUAAAUACACCUUUCUGUUUUAGUCAAAUUGA